AUGUUGGGUUUUGUCGCUACAGUGUUUGUGGCUUACUCUUUCACUUCAUAUAUUCUGCUGAGGAGACCGAUCAUAUUUCUCAGAAGAAAGUGGCUCCCUUUCGAAGCUUCUCAUAUUAGUCACCGGGGUGGUUCAGGAGAAGAGAUUGAAAAUACUUUAGAGGCUUUCAGUAGUUCUUUGCUUUUCGGUACAAAUAUGCUCGAAACUGAUUGUCAUAUCACGAAAGAUAAUCAGGUUGUCGUAUUUCAUGAUAAUACACUAGAUCGUUCUACUGGCGUGUCGGGUUUAGUGAAAGAAUUUUCAUACGAAGAUUUACCUAGAUACCUUAGAGUAAUUGAAGUUCAAUUCACCCCAGGUUCCUUUUGUAUUGCGGAGUCUCCCUCGUCGUAUAAAAUUGCACGAUUAGAGGACUUGUUUAAUAAGUUUCCAAAUACCCCCAUCAAUAUUGAUAUUAAAGUUAAUGACAAUAUUCUCAUCAAUGAGGUUGCCCGCCUUAUUGAAACUUACAAUCGAGAGCAUAUAACUGUAUGGGGGUCAAUGAAUUCAAAAGUAUCAAAAAAGUGUGAAUUACGCAAUAGAAACAUCCUCACUUUUGCUCCGUUUUCGUAUGUAAUAUGGAUAAUGGCGUGUUAUGUUGUGGGACUACUCCCUUUCGUACCUAUAAAAUAUGAUUGUUUUGAACUCCCUUUAGUUUCUGUUAUUCGAUCUAACGAGUUUGCCAGACGACGUCGUUGGGAUCGUUUUUUACCUAAUACAGCUCUUCUACUCUCAGAUUUCAUAUUAUCGUCACCUUUGUUCAUCGAACAUCUACGAAAACGUGGACUUCCGGUAUUCUUCUGGGUGUGUAACAAUGAAGAGGAUAUGCAGAAAGCUUUUGAACUUGGAGCUUCAGGUGUAAUGACGGACUAUCCCAGAAAACUAACCGAAUUCCUGAAGAAGCAUCCUGAGUAUCCAAAAGUUUUUUAA